CUUCAACAACAAUGAAGAUCUUAUUGGCACUUGCUGUAGCCCUUUCCGUAUCAGUUGCCCUCUCAAGUGCUGCGUGCUCUUUUAAGAAACUGACAUUAAAUGUUAAAACAAGAUCUGCAGUAUGCAUGAAUAAUGGAGAAGUUCAUGCAAUUGGUGAUGAAUGGAAGGGUCCAAGCUGUGAGAAGUGCAGUUGUAGUAACAAUGGAAUGCAGUGCUGUUCUACCUCAAGAAGACCACAAAACUUUGAUAAGGAGGAAUGCAAAAUGAUUUUUAAUAAAGAAAGCUGUAGUUACAAGGUGGUGAGAAAGGAUGACCCAUCACAAGAAUGCAAGGUCACGUCAUAUGUUUUGGGUUAAAACAACAAAUUUUGCUGCAACUCAAUUCACUCUAAAAAGUAAAUGUUCAUCUGCCAUCUUUACAAGGAGGAGAAAAUGUUUCAUAUACAAAGAAAAAUUGAAUCUUCUGAUCUUCACAUACAUGCAUCAAUCAUAUUAAAGUACUCAUGCUAUUGGUGAAAUAAAAAUAAAAAUAUACA